AGGUGUGAGGAGCAGAGACGGUCCCAGGUGGCGCAUGUUGGUCGGAUACGUGGCUGCAGCCUGGAGCCCGCAGGAGCAACGGCGUGAGCAUCUUCGGCGCUUUUCUGAGGGCUGAGCAAGCCGCAUCCGAAAAUAGUGUUGGCUGUUAGAAAGUAGGUCGAUAGGAACUGAAAGCGACGGUUGUUUCCACGCUUUUGUCUCUGUUCUUUGUUGUUUAGCGAGAGGACUGUGGUCUCUUUUUUUUCUUCUUCACAGCCCACCCUUGUGUGUGUGGAGCCUUUUUACGCACAGGUGGGAGAAACCCGCUCUGCGUGUAGGACAGCCCCCCCUCCUCUUCUCUCUCUGCUCCUCAGCGGAUGAUAUGAGGAAGUGACAUUUUUUUUUAACCGCUGCGGUUCGGGACAGCUCGGCUCCUCUGCAAACAGGUGUUCCGCUUCUCCGGGUCACUUUUCACCACGAAGCGUCCCAGAACCUGAAAGGGAGGCUUCUGGGUUCGGGACAGCCGCGGGUUUCGGGGGGGGUGGGGGGAAAUAAAAAAGCCAGAAGAAGUCAGCUCUUUAUUAGCCUGGGCUGCCUGGUCGGGCUCAGACGGAGAGAGAGAGAGAGGAAAGAGAGAGAGGAGAGAGGGGAGCGAUGGCAACGAAAAAGGCGUGCGUGGAUGCGCCCAAGAGGAGCCGGAGUCCGGUCGUGCUGGAGGCUGAGAUGUUCCGAGAAUUUCAGGACUGGUGUCUCCGAACUUACGGGGACUCCGGCAAGACAAAGACCGUCACCCGGCGAAAAUACAACAAAAUCAUGCAAACACUGUUGCAGAACGACGAGCCGGACGGGGUGUACGUGGACAACAGCCACAUCAACGCCAAAUUCAAAUUUUGGGUGAAGUCCAAAGGCUUCCAGGUCGGAACCAACGUUCUGGGGGAGCACAACAAGAAGGGAGCGCCGGGGAAGCCCGUCCUUUACGUCCCGGUCAAGUCAACGUGUUCGGAUGGCAAUUCGGCCCAGGACAACUCCUCCCUGAAGCGGGUCGCCGUUGUCGAGGACUUCUUCGACAUCAUCUAUGCCAUGCACGUGGAGAUGGGCGCCGACCCGGGCCGAGCACCCAAACACGCAGGGCAGAAGAAAACCUACAAAGCGAUAGCUGAGACCUAUGCCUUCCUGCCCAGAGAGGCGGUGACUCGGUUCCUAAUGAGCUGCGGAGAGUGCCAGAAGAGGAUGCACAUUAACCCCAGCACCGCGGAGUUCAAAGAAAAUGACCGACCCACCUCGCUGGUCCCCGACCUCAUUGACUACAACAUGCCUCUUACUGCCACCUACCUGAAGCAGAUGAAACUGCAGUGCAUGACAGCCACUGAGAGGGAUGACAGUUCGGUGAGCAGCGAGGACAUGAACAACGCUGAGCCCGCUUGGGUCGCAGCGGAGCAGCCAGCAGUGCCUGAACCGAGCCCACUCAACGGGGAGCGGGUCAGCAACCGGGCCGCCAUAGUCAAAGAGGAGGACGAUGAUGACUCCUCGGAGAGCGGCAGCGCCAACGGGCUGCCGGCCCUGACCUCGCCGGAGGCGCUGGCUGCGGGUGCGAACCCCCAAAAUGGCGGAGCUUCCUACAGGGAGGUGGCAGAGAACGGGCUGAGCGCGCCGCUGGACUUCAGCACCACCUCGUCCUCGUCGUCCUCCGAGGAUCAGCAGCCGGUGAAUCUGAGCGACAGACUGCUGCCGGCCGGGAGCUCGCCGCCGAACAGCUACGCAGCAGAACCCAACAAGAAGUUCCCCAUCAAAACAGAGUUCUCCAACAAGUCGCCCCCUUACAGCUCAGGGAGUUAUGACUUGGUGAAAACAGAGCUGAGCAUGAGCGCUGAGGACUUGACCUCCAGUCGGGCGCAAAUAAUUGACGACGAUGACGACGAUCACGACGACCAUGACGACAACGAUCGGAUUAAUGACGCUGAGGGGAUGGAUCCUGAGAGACUCAAAGCCUUCAAUAUGUUUGUGCGUCUGUUUGUGGAUGAGAAUCUGGACCGCAUGGUGCCCAUCUCUAAGCAACCCAAGGAGAAGAUCCAGGCCAUCAUCGAGUCCUGCAGCCGCCAGUUCCCGGAGUUCCAGGAGCGCUCCCGCAAGCGCAUCCGCACCUACCUCAAAUCCUGUCGCCGCAUGAAAAAAGGCGGUUUCGAGCAGAUCCGUCCAACGCCCCCUCACCUCACCUCUGCCAUGGCUGAGAACAUCCUCGCAGCCGCCUGUGAGAGCGAAACCCGAAAUGCUGCCAAGAGGAUGCGGCUCGACGUCUACCAACCGACGGACGAGUCCGCCUCCGUUGACAAACCCAUCACUAGGGAUCCAGCUCCUGCGGCGCCGUCAGGGUUCACUAUUGCCAGUGCAGCUUUUGCCCAAGACCAACUUUACACCAACGGAGGCCUCAACUACAACCUGCGGGGAUACGGGACAGUCGGCAGCACCCAGCAGAGCUCCAGUGCUGCACAAACCAAUGGUCCCACAGAUCUGAGCAUGAAGUCCGUCGGCCCAAACUCCUCUUCAUCCUCCUCCUUGUCCUCCUCCGCCUCCAACAGUCACGGUCAGGGCGGCGGCGGCGGGGGGGCGUCCGCCCAGCUCAGCCCUCCGGAGGUGACGGCGGUGAGGCAGCUAAUCGCUGGGUACCGGGAGUCCGCGGCCUUCCUGCUCCGCUCGGCGGACGAGCUGGAGAACCUGAUCCUGCAGCAGAACUGAGUCCAAACCAGACCGUGCCAACGCCCUCCCCCCCUCAGCCUGUCCUCUGUGUCUCACAUCCUGGCAGACUUUCACACACAAAGACACGAUCCUACGCGAGCGAUACCGCAGUGCAUCGUGGGUAACGUAGGCACGGAACCUCCACUUGUUCCCACACGGCUAUGUUCUGAAACAUAUCACGGGCUGAAACACGACGAUUUAUGCAUUUGGUUGACCUUAGUGCCCUGCUUUGUGUAGCCAUCCCAUCAACUUCAUCACGCCAGUGGAAACCUCCAUUUGUCUCAGGAAGCGACGAUCAGAAAAAAAAACAAAAAAACGAACGAUGUGUACUGGUGAGGUGUUGGAUUAGAUUAACCCCAAAAACAUCAAAUUAGCGAGUCAGCAUCGUUAUUUCUGGUAUUAAACGUGUGCAGUGCAGGUUUAACCGGGUUUUAUUCUGAAUCGAGUCAUUUCUCUAACUUUAACACCGUGUUAACCUCAACAGCUGCUGAUUUUACAACACGCCAAAAAAAUAAAAAAAUAAAAUACCAGAACGAAUGAAAGGAUUCACAUAUUCACAGUGACAAAAAAGAAGAUCUGACAGAUUUGUAAGAAUGUCUUUAGCUAGGUUGAGUUUAUUUUCAGUUAAUUUUUGUGUAAAACUCUCUAUGGCAGGCUGUUAGUUGUCAUGAGUGAAAAGGCAGAAACAUUUUAGGAAACGUGGGUCAGAAAUCCAUCCUGAUGAAUUAGGAAGUCGUUGAAUUGGUUAUUUAUUCCAGUAUUUCAAUUCAAAGUGAAACUCAUGUCUUAUUUAAAAUGAUACGUAAUGUUUCUGAUUAUUCUCUAACUGGUUAUUCCAGUUUUUCCUUCCACCCAACUUUCCUUAAAUGCAUAACUGCAGCGCUCUGUGAACAUACAAUAUUCAAAUGUUCUGAGAAAGUGAUUUCUUUAUUGUAUAUACUUAUAAUGAGUCCCUCCAGGAUUUUAUGGUGACAUUUUUGUUAUUGCUGUGGCCAAAAAUGACAGAUUUUUCAAAUUUAAACGAUUCUACAAAAACAUUUAGAUUGCAGCACAUAACCUUCCCUAAAAAACUUUAUUCAACAUAGUUAAUAUUUAAAGUGCAAACAGGACUUUCAAGUAGCUUUUUAAUGGAAAGUUUGGUGAAAGAAAAAAGUUUGAGAGCAUCCUUGAAAUACGAAUAUUGGAUUUUGUGAAUCCAUCACAUUGAUAAAUGCUUAAAAUAAAUAUGGAUGUGUAAUUAAUCUCUGAGUUUCACAAUUUAAAUUCAACUGGUGGAAUAAAUAAACGUUUCAGCGAUGAUAUUAUUAUUACGAACUGAGAUGCACCUCUACUUGUCAGGGAGAAAAAGAUGAAUAUAAUAUUUAGACUGUGGUUAGGAACCAGUGCUAGAGGGAAGAAAAAGAAAAAGGUGCAAUAUGGAGUUAAUUUGUUUUUAAAAUGAAGGAGUUUCACCUCAGCCGUCUUUUGCUCCAACAGUCGAGUUUGUAAAAAGAAGAGAUAUCUAAUGCAGCAUUGUAGCCAAUUUCAAUGUUGUUGUUCGUCGUCAGUGCUGACCUCAUGACUGAGGCGCCAUCAGUCGUUCUUGUUGUGGCAGAAAGGACCUGGCAGAAAAAUGAGACUCGAUGUUGCACGUCUUGUUUUACUUUUGCGUGUUUCGAAGCGUUUUCUAUAGAUUUCUUUUUUAAAAAAGGCACACAGAGUGAAGCUUAGACGCGUCUGCUGCUGACAGGCGGCACACACUCCUCCUCCGCCUCCCUCCGUCUGCCCGUCUGUCCCGACGACCUCGGCGGCGUCCCCGCGUUCUUCAUCGCGUCCCGACACACGCUGUUCGACAAGAAGCAAGAGACAAUCUGAAGAAGAUGCGAUUGCAUCGCAGUUUACUCUCCCGGCUUUCUGCUACGGUGUGUGUUUGUACAGAGUGUCAGAGCAACAUCUCCUACUGGUGAGUCACUCAGCACAGAAACUGUUUGUCUGUGUGUGUGUGUGUGUGUGUGCAGGUGUGUGUGUGUGUGUGCAGGUGUGUUUUCCAGUUGUCUCAAUGGUUGUGCUGAUUUUGUGUUUGCGGAGUGGAAGUGGAGUGACCCAGUUUGUACAACCUGUGAAGAUUUGAUUCAGUCAGCUGAAACAUUCCUAGCAGAAGCUGCGUUUCCAUUACAAAUGUGCGUAAAUCUUCCGCUAUUGUCGCAAAAUACACAAUUUCACAACUGCGUUGUUUCCAUUAGAGGACAAAUUAAAUUAAAAUCAAACGUGAAUAAGCUUGUUUAUGCGAUAAGUCAUUAAAAAAAACAUGCCAGCGGCGGAUGUAAACAGUUAAAUGAGAUAUAUUUAUAAUUCAGUUGCCAAUCAGACGAGAGGUCUGUGUUUUAUUCAGGCGUUGGCGCGACAAGCCCCGCCUUUGUGGGAGUGGCUACAUAUGCAGCAUUUUGGGGAUUUCACAGAUAAACUACGGAUUUACCACGAUGGAUGAUAUAUAACUUUUUAUGCUUUGAGAGCUCUGGUGGAGCCAGCUGCAGAUUGCCUGACAAAAACAAACAAACAAAAAAACACCAUCAUCCUAAUACCACUUCCUGUUGUCUUCUUUGUUGUUUCUGAUAGUAGUAACAUCCGGCAGCUCAUCAUAUGACUCGUGUGAUGAGAAAAAAAUGUCUUCAUUGUAGUUUUAAAAAAAUAUAUCUAUUUUAAUAUGGCUGAAAAACAACCACAUCCUAGUGAAAGAAUGUUUUAUCAAAAAACGGGAAGUUGUUUUUAAUUGGCGUGUUUCUAUUAAACAAAUUUUAAUUUGUGCAAUGCUAUCUCAAUAGACUCGCCCGUGGAGCUACCAACUGCACUCAUUACAAAUGAGCACAAAACUUUGUCAAUAU